AUGUGUAAGGAAUACGAAGAAGUUAAAGCUCCAGAAGAUGAUUCAAAACCUGCUGCUUCAGGUAACUUACCAGCAUCAAAACAGCCAUUGGCAAUCCCAGAAAACUGCAUAGUUCCACCAGUUCAUCCCCUUCCACCCACUAGCUCAAUAAAGUCAGAAACAAUUCCUAAAUUUGAAGACAUGCAGCUUUCAGACAUCGCCGACUCAAGAGCACGCUAA